AUGGACGAUUUCAAUUUCAGAGUUAAAGGAAUUCCUGAAAGCGAUUCGUCAGAACUUUUGCGUGUACAUUUAACAGAUUUAAAAAAUGCAAAUAAAAAUGAACUUCCACCUUUUAUUGAAAAAAUACCAUUAAUAAUUCCUUCGAAAAAUAUUAUAUUCUAUGUGAAAAAUGUUGUCAAGAAUGCAGUUCUUAGUGUAUUGUUUGACUGGACGUCACCAAUUGCUCACCCUUUAAACGUCAUUUUAUAUAUAUUUAUUUAUGUUCCGUUACUUUUUGUUUUGUAUCCUUUUGAAAUUAUUUUACGUUUUGUUGAAUGGAACGGCUGGACUCGAUUAGAAGGAACUGUUUUAGAACAUUGGAAACAAUUAAGCGAUGAAGUUGAUAAUUUGAGAAAAGGUUUUGAAUCAUUGGAUAAAUCUAUACCAUUGAAAGAAGAAAGAAGAAGUAGUAAAUUUGAUGUUGAUCGAGCUGAAGCUCUUCUUUAUUUAUCUACUUUGAUGUAUAAACGUGAUGAAAAUGCUGUUCUUAUGGCAAAGAGAAAAUUAAAUCAAAUCAAAACAGCCAGAAGAGAUCCAUCGAGUGAAACAAUAGAUUUGGCGGAAGUUUCACAAUUAUUGUUAGAAGCAGAUCAAGAAAUUUCUGAAGAAGCCGAAGCUUUUGAAUUAAGAUUCAAGUCGAUCAGUGAAAUGCGACAAUUCGGAGGUCCAUACGCGGGAAUUUUUUGGUCAGAUCAACACAAUUUCAUUGUCGCAGCAUUCAAAGGAACGACACCAACAAAUUUUACUGAAUGGUUAUUGGAUGCAACAAUCCAACGAAUGGACGGGAGAGCUUAUUUGUUUGGAGAAGUCCAUAAAGGUUUUUACACUUCUCUAUUUCCGAAUGAUGAAUUCUCAUCUGCUGAAGCUGAUAGAGAAUCGGCAUCUUUUUUCUUAAUCGAGGCAAUCAAAAAACAAGCAAAAAUUAUGUCUGAAAAAAAUAACGAUAAUGGAGUUCAUAUAUGGGUAACUGGUCAUUCCCUUGGAGCUGCCUACACAACAUUGUUUUAUUCCCAUUUAUUAAAAAUAAAAGAAGGCUUUGGAGAUAAAUGUUUAUUGCGUGACGCAUACGCCUUUGCAAGCCCUUUGGUUGGUGAUAGUAAUUUUGCAGCUGAAUUUUUUUCACUUUACAACACAGAUCAUAAUUUAGGAAAAAAUUUAUGGCGCAUAGUUAAUGAUAAUGAUAUAAUACCAAGGUUACCACCACAUAACCUUGCACUGUUUAGACCUUAUGCUGAUAAUAUUUACACAACAAAUUAUGUUCAUAUUGGUGAUGAAAUAAUAUUUUAUCAAGAUGGAAUUAGAGAGCCUAAAUCGCAUAGCAAAAUAUGUGGUAAAACUUAUCACGAACAAUUUAUUCGUGGUGAUUUUGAUAACAAUGGUGGAAUUUUGUUUAAUGAUAGAUUUUUCAAUAAAUUUAAUAACCAUCAUAGACGCAGGAUGGAAUCAUCUAUGCAUAAUAGAAAACUUGAUGGUUAUUUGUAUGGUAGAAUCGAACAUCUUGCACCUAAUUUUGCUAGAAAUCAUAUUGAUUAUAGAUAUUUUGUUGUAUUAGAAAAAUCAAGAAAAUUUUUUCAAUAA